GUGUUUACAGUCGAAACACAGGAAGCUCAGAACUGUAAGACGUGUUUGUUAAGUUUUCGCCACCAAAAUGGAAUUCAUUCACCGAUUAUGAGGCGUGAAACAGUUCAGAUCGGCGGCAGUUUCAAUGGCGUGACCAUCUGAAGUCAGUAGAAAAGCCUGUUAAAACAACAAGGAGGUCUACAGUGGAGUGGUAGCUGAGCAAGUACUGCUCAGAGAAGUAAAUAUUUAUUCACAGAGCGUCAUUAGUCAUUGUGCUGGGUGAUUGACUGGCAGAGACCGGGAGCAGGACUGCUGUUUCCCUGGGGUGACCAUGGGCUCGGACAGCAGCACACUGAAGAGCUGCACCCUGGAGGAAUGUCAGCUGAGCCUCCCAUCCGGACUCACCAUGUACUCUGCCCUCCUAGAAGAUGGGAAGCCAGCCUCGGUCUUCGUCUACAGGCCGGACAGCGAGGAUAAAGUUAACAAGGCUGCUAAGCACCUGAAGACCCUGCGUCACCCCUGCCUACUGCGUUUCCUGUCGUGCACAGUGCAGGCUGGGGGAAUCCAUCUGGUAACGGAACACGUGCAGCCACUGGAAGCCAUGCUGGAGAGCCUGUCUCCAGAGGAGAUCUGUUCCGGACUCUACGACAUUCUGCAGGCCCUCGUAUUCCUUCACGACAGAGGUAAAUCCAGCCAUAACAAUGUGUGCUCGUCAUCAGUCUUUGUGAGUGACGACGGUCACUGGAAACUUGGGGGGAUGGAGACCGUCUGCAAGUUCUCUGAAGCCUCCCCUGAGUUUCUUAGCAGCAUUGGGUCUGUGAGAGAACAGAGGGUGGUUCCACCUGAAGAAAAGGUUGAAGGCUUUAAAAUGCUGCUUGAUAAACACGGACAUGCCAGAGAUGCCUUUUCAUUCGGAUUGAUGGUGGAGAACUUAAUCCCACUCCUAAAUGACUAUGCUUCCAAAGAGCUGUUGGACAGUUUCCGAAAUACAUUACAGAGAAGCCUGCUGAACCCUGAUCCUUCAGCUCGGCCUGCUCUCAGCAGCCUCCUCAAACAUGAUUUUUUCAGGAAUGACUUCCUUGAGGUGGUGAAUUUUCUGAAGAGUUUGACUCUAAAAACAGAAGAGGAGAAGAACGAAUUUUUUAAGUUUCUCCUGGACAGAGUUCAGAAUCUUCCUGAAGAGCUGAUUGCUUCACGCCUCAUCCCGAAACUUCUAAACUCACUGGUGUUUGCAGAACCUACAGCCGUUAAAAGUUUUCUACCCCAUUUGCUCAUGCCAAAGAAGGAUUCCAGUGAAAACAGUCAGGAAUGUCUCCUCUCGGUGUCUCUGUAUCGUAAAUAUGUAAUUCCUCAGCUGCUGAAGUUGUUUAAAGUUAAUGAGGAGCAUGUCAGGAUGGUAUUGCUGUCCCACAUUGAUGUCUAUGCAGAGCUCUUCUCACAUGAAGAACUGAAGAAUCAAAUACUACCUCAGGUUUUGCUUGGUAUGAGAGACACAAAUGACUGUCUGGUCGCGAUGACCCUGCAGAGCCUAGCGAUUCUGGUCCCUUUACUUGGAGCUCAUGUGGUAGUUGGGGGAGAAAGAUCAAAGGUCUUCAAACGAACCACACCCAACUUCACCAAAUCAACUGAGGUCACACCUGAAGGCUCUCCGGUUCACAGUGUCAAUAGCUUCAAAACGCAGGUGUCCCAGCCCUCUAAAGUCUUGAAGCUUUUCUCUAAAUCCUCUGAAGCAGCAGAGUUUGUGCUGGAGAACAUGGGCUCUCUUGGCUCAAUAGCGCAGUCACAGCAAGUGCCAAAGAAAACAGUUAAUAGAGAUUUGAAGAAAUUGCCCUUGAAUGGAUUCAAUGACAGAAGACCACCCAUCUCUGCUGGAGAGGAGAAUCUUCAUGGCCUGGGGAGCAUUGCCAGAGAUGGUGAAGAAUGGCCAGACUGGAGUGAUGCCGAGGAGAUGGAGAAGAACAAAACUGUGGAGCUUUGUGUUCAGCCAGUGGACACCCAGAAGACAGUGAACAUCACAAGGGACAUCAACAUGGAAGAGGAGCCCUGGGAGGAUUUGGAAACAUGCAAUCAUGGAUCUGAAAUGACUUCACACCAGGCAUCCCAUGGAUCAGCAGGCGACUCUACUGCUUCACCUCUGGGUGAUCCUCCAAAGAACCCAUUCCCUGGACCUACAAAGAAAUCCAACGCUUUAAAGCUUAGCUCAGCUUCUAAACCUAAAGAUGAGAAAAGACAGACUGACUGGGACAAUGACGUAGUACACCUCUCUGCCAAACCAAGCCAGAUGCAAAAAGUUAUCAGUGGCGGCUUAGGCGAGGAGUUCACAAUAGAAAUCAGAAAGAAACCCGAGAAAGAUCCUGAAAUGGACUUCUUUGCGGACAUGACCCCCGAGAUCAAGUUGUCUUCAGCCACGUUGAUGUUCACUUCUGAAAGGACAGAUGCCGUUUUUGGAUCUUCACUGGCUGUUCCUUCAGGGCAUACGGAGCUCCUGGAUCAGGAAUCAUCAACAGACAGACUCACAAUUAUUGCCAAGUUUGCUGCAGCUGACCUGGCUGAUACGGAAGCUUCGGGCUGGGGCGAUAGUGAUGACCUGAACUGGGAAGAUGAGAGUAACUGGUGACACCUUGUGGAGGAUCAGCUGCAGUUGCACAGACAUUGUCCCCAUUGCCAAUCAGUUGGAAGAACACUGACGAGGCCAAGAGGAACCUUUUAAUUUAAGUCCCGUUUUCCUUUAGAAUUAAAUCCAAUUAAGAACAUUAAUCAAAAUUUAAGAACCAGUACUUUUUUAAAUAUAGUUGUAUAGUUCAACUUUGGACAUAAAAGCUGUGGAAAACUUACCGAGCCACAUCGUUCUUACACUAGUCAGCCAGUAAUUGUUUUAUGUGGAUAAGGUGGCACAAUCUGCAUAAUGUUUUAGUACAAUAAAUCAACUUUGUCUAGUUUUAAUGGGAUCUACCUUAAUGCAGAGAAUUACUUAAAACCUGGAAAUGGUGAUAAAACCAAACUUGAAAUCUAGUAUGAUGAACAGGAGAAUUAAUAUUUUCUAAUGGUUGUUUGUGCCAUAUAAAGAGUAAUCAGUUUUGCAUAAUCAUGGGAAAAGGGCCUUAUGAGAGUUUCACUAUUUUCUAAAAAGUGAAAAAAGAAUGCUAUAUUUUAAUGUGUAGGAAAUUUACAUAAUUUAUUUGUGUUUACACAGCUGCUGAUGGAAUAAAUGACUCUACAGAA